AUGCCUCUUUUGGGUCGUGACUUACUUUGUAAAUUGCGGGCGCAAAUCUCCUUUUCGGAAGAUGGCUCAAUGCAUUUGAAAUAUGGCAAAGUUAAUCUGGAUAUUCCCCGGGAGGAAGUGUGGAGAUUGAUGGUGGCCGUGGACGCCCCGCAGGGUGGGAAGUGGAUGGACUUUGCUGUUCCCCACCUGUGGGCGGAAGAUAAUCCUCCAGGUUAUGCUGGCCACCAUCCUCCUAUUGUGAUUGAGGAAAUUCCCCGAAGGAAUCCAGUCCGGAUUCGUCAAAGAGCCUAUCCCAGACACAUUGUCGCGUCCAUUCAGAAAGUUAUUGAGACUUACCUUACUUAUGGCAUUCUGGUGCCAAUAGACUCACCAUGGAACACUCCCAUUUUACCAAUCCCAAAAGGAGAUGGCCACUUUAGGAUGGCGCAGGAUUUGAGACGUGUUAAUGACGCAACUGUUACCAUCCACGCGACCGUGCCCAACCCAUAUGUUCUUUUGGGACUAAUACCCCCUACUGCUUCUUGGUUUUCGGUCAUCGAUUUAAAAGAUGCUUUCUUCACAAUACCUAUUCACCACCAAUCUCAGCACCUGUUUGCCUUUGAAUGGGAAAGCCCUAUAACCGGACGGAAACAACAAUAUACCUGGACUCGUUUACCACAGGGGUUUAAGAAUUCUCCCACACUGUUUGGGGCUGCACUUGCUCGGGAUUUGGAGGCUUUGGAGAUCCCUCCUCCUGAUGUUGUCUUACAAUAUGUUGAUGAUCUCCUUGUGACUGGGACUUCUGAAGACGUUUGCUGGGAGAACACUUCCAUUUUACUACAUCUUUUACAAGACUUGGGUUACAAGGCCUCCAAGAAGAAGGCCCAGUUGGUUUUACCCAAGGUCCGGUAUUUGGGUUAUGAUAUUCAGCAAGGCAGCCGCACCUUGGCCCAUGAGCGAAAGGAAGCUAUUUGUCAAUUGCCAGUUCCUAAGAAUCGCAAGGAGUUGCGGGGUUUUUUGGGGGCAGCCGGUUUCUGUCGAAUCUGGAUUCCCAAUUUCGCCAUUCUGGCCAAACCAUUAUAUGAAGCCACCAAAGGGGCGGAUAAGGAACCGUUGAAGUGGGAGAAAGGGGAACAACAAAGUUUCACCAAUUUGAAGCUCGCUUUAACUCAAGCACCUACUCUUGCUUUGCCUGACUUGGAGAAACCUUUUCAACUUUUUGUCGACACAAAACAAAACAUGGCAGUUGGUGUGCUCACGCAGAGGAUGGGGACAUGGUUUCGCCCCGUAGCGUACCUGUCCAAGCAGUUGGACAAUGUUGCGAAAGGAUGGCCCACCUGUUUGAAGGCAGUUGCGGGGGCAGCCCUUCUCACGCACGAGGCCAAUAAGUUGACCUUUGGCCAUGACUUGGAAAUUCAUACUCCACAUACUUUACGUGCUGUGUUGGACAAUAAGGGACACCUUUGGCUUACUAACCCCCGAAUGUUAAAAUAUCAAGCUAUGCUUACUCAUAACCCUUCAAUUCGCCUGGUGCAUUCUAAUGUAUUGAAUCCGGCCACCCUGCUUCCGGAACCUGACUCGCAGGCGUCCCAUGAUUGCCUGCAGACGAUUGAGGAGACUUUCUCGAGUCGCCCGGACUUGAAAGAUGUGCCCCUUGUUAAUCCGGACUACACGCUUUACACUGAUGGUUCAAGUUUUCUUCAUGAUGGUGUUCGGAAGGCUGGAUAUGCCGUCGUGACACUGGAGGAUGUUUGGGAGGCUCAACCACUGCCCCCUGGCACUAGUGCCCAAUUGGCUGAACUACACGCCUUAACGAGGGCCCUUGAAAUGUCCUAUGAUUUGCGGGUCAACAUCUAUACGGACUCUAAGUAUGCUUUUCUAACUGUCCAAGUUCAUGGGGCCCUUUAUAAAGAGCGGGGAAUGUUAACAGCAGGUGGCAAGGAUAUAAAAUAUGGAUCUCACAUUCUGCGGCUCCUAGACAGUGUAUGGGCUCCCCGAGAAGUUGCAAUAAUGCAUUGUAGAGGUCAUCAGAAAGGGGUUUCUGAUAUUGAUCGUGGUAAUAAUAAGGCUGAUCGCACCGCCCGCUCUGUUGCUCUUGCAUUUUUGCUAUCUCAGACUCUUUGUCCCUUGUGGACGCCUCCGUCCACGACAUCCCCGUCGUAUACUCCAGUGGAAGUGACUCAGGCUAAAUCGUUAGAGGCCUCCUUGGUUGACGGUUGGUUUAUCCUGCCGGAUGAUCGUGUUUUUGUUCCCCAACAGUUGGCGUGGGACGUUGCUUCUUCCUUGCAUCAACAACUACAUUUGGGGAAGUCUGCCUUAGCACAAGCCUUGCUCCGAGAGGUGUAUAUUGAUAAGGUCCACAGUUUGGCAACUAAUGUGGUUCUUCGGUGUUCUACUUGUGCUGCCAACAAUCCUCGGCAGGGACCCUCUUUGCCCCAGGGCCACCAACCUAAGGGCUGUUAUCCCUUUGAGUCCCUCAUGAUCGAUUUUACAGACAUGCCACGAUCAGGGCCUUAUACUGCUAUGUUAGUUAUUGUUUGUACCUAUACCGGCUGGCCUGAGGCUAUUCCCACUAGAACGAAAAAGGCGGCUGAGGUUACGAAGGCCUUACUUCAAGUUGUAAUUCCACGUUAUGGCCUUCCAACACGCAUCUCAUCUGAUAAUGGCCCUGAAUUUGUUCACCAGGCAACUCAGAAGAUUUCUCGUAUGUUAGGUAUCAACUGGAGAUUGCACUGUAGCUUCCAUCCGUCUUCUGGAGGCUUUGUUGAAAGGUUUAAUCGGACCAUUAAGGAUAAGGUAGCUAAAAUUUGUCAAGAGACUCAUCUUAAGUGGCCGGAUGCCCUUAACAUGGCCCUUCUUGCUGUUCGUUGUGCACCUCGUAAGACCCUCAAUGUUUCCCCUUUUGAACUUUUAUAUGGCAGAAUCCCGAAUCUGGUUGCUCCUGCAGGCCUUCAUUUGACGACUCCUCAGUUGGGUGAUACUCUCAAAUGGAAACAAUUGCAAGCCCUUAAUGCCAUGGUCCGCCGUUUGCAGACGUAUGUCUUGUCUUGUCGUCCCCAUGUUAUUGUCACUCCAGUUCAUAAUAUUAAACCUGGCCAAGAGGUGUGGGUCAAACAUUGGAAGCAGGAGCCUUUGGCCCCUAAGUGGAAAGGACCGUAUACUGUUGUUAUGUCUUCUCCCCUUGCUGUUAAGGUUGCUGAGGUCAAGUCGUGGAUCCACUGGACGCGCGUGAAAUUGGCUGCUCCUGGUUCCUGGUCCGUCUCCCCUGAUCCCGUACAUCCCCUGAAGUUGGCCUUCGUAAGGCUCCCUCUCGCCCGGCUCGUCUUCGCCCCGGAGUUGACAUCUCCCCUGUGGGUAUCACUCCGGAAGCUGAUACUCGCACGGGCCACUACAAUCUUCGUUCCGGUGCUCGCUCCGGUGACAAACAUGGACUCCGCUUCUAGAUUACGGGACACUGCACGCAUUAGGCGUUACCUUGUGCCUUCUGUAUGGCUUAUGACAGUACUUCUUUUCUUAUGCAUUGUUAUUAAUACUAUGUAUCUUUUUAAGGUUUUCUAUUUUGAUCGGCACCCGGGGUUGUCCCCUAUCUCUGAUCCGGUCAACCUUACUGGUUGGGAUGACUCCCUUUCGCCAGGGGGGAAUGGGGUCCCGGUGGAUGGCCAUGGGCCCUUUCCUCCUUGCUCCCAAUGCUUUCUGUAUCUCCCUAAUUCUAUUCACUUUACAUAUAGUCAAAUGCGGAUCCCAGAAUGCCAAAUGGAGGAAGGCCUCUCCCCGUGUGAACACAAGGGGCGGCGGUUUUGGCGUUGUAGGCUGCCCUUGAAUGGGACCCUCUGGGAUUCUUGGGAUGGUUACAAUUCUACCGUUAUGUGCCAUGUGCUUGACAUCCCUUGGACUCCGAAACGGUCCCCACGGAGGGCGCGUUCAGUAAGUUUCACCUCCUCGGUAUCCGCUGCGUCAUCACCCUUGACCCUUGCUUGGGACCGUAAUUCUUAUUUUUUGGACGUACAAAAUAUAUCUCGUAUAGUAAAUAAGACGGAUUGCUGGAUUUGUAUGCAUGUUCCUCCACAUGCAAAAGGAGGACUUAUAAUACAUGCCAUUCCAUUUAAUAAAACCAUCUGGUUCCAGAACAAUUGGAAGUGGUAUCGGGGUAGAGCAGGUAUUUUGCAAAGUGAUGAUGUUCCUGCUCCCGUUCUGGCUGUUGCCAGCAGAAUCCAGGAGGAGGCAGCAUUCUGUUGGGAAUUUACUAAUACUACCGGGACUGCUUCGCUGGCGGUGGGAAAAUACCCCAACUGUAGGACCACAUUUGUACUGACUCCCAUUAUGUAUAGAAACAACACCUAUCUCAAUGGCACAUACACUGAAUACCUCCAUAACUUUACUGAGUUUGCCUGCACCAACCAGCUAACUGGUGGCUGCUCAAUAAGUAUAGGCUGUCCGAACUACCAAACAUCCCGGGAGUUGGCUAAAGUCCGGACUUCCUUUCCCCUUUGUAAUAUUAUAAGGGCCAUGGUCCGACAGGUCACUGCGGAGCAGAAUCACACAAUAAAUAUAAUAGGUGAUUUUUGGAUGUUGUGUGGGAGGAGGGCAUACCAACGUAUCCCGCCAUGGUGGUCUGGUCGUUGUACUCUAGGACACGUUGCCCCGUCUGUUAUAAUAUCUGACAGCCGUCCAAAGGGCCGGCUAAGGAAUCGUAGAGAUACAGAUGUUCAACAGCCCAUUAAUUACUAUCUUGAAACCCAACUUUCGCGAGCUGCUCUUCCCCCUUUGGGGGUGGCCAUGAAUUACAGGGAUCUACAUGCUUUGUCAAAUUGGACUACUGUUUUGUUUAAUGAUACUAUCAAGGCUUUGAAAAUGAUUAAUGUGGAAAUUGCACAAAUCAGGGAAGUUGUUUUGCAGAACAGGUAUGCUUUGGAUAUUAUUUUAGCUGCAAAGGGGGGAGUCUGUGCUUUGAUUCAUUCUCAUUGCUGUGUGUACAUCACGGACUACAAGGUUAAUAUUUCCGCUACUGUGCACCACAUGGAAACUGUGGUUGCUGAGAACCCUAUUGAUACUACUGUUUUACAGUCCCCUUGGGAUUGGCUAUGGUCUUGGCUUCCUGAUUUUGGGUGGGUGAAGCGUAUUAUACCCAUUGCUUUUUCUAUCAUCAUUGCCUUGGUGGGUUGCUGUUGCUGCAUACAGUGUAUCCCAGGUCUCUUAUCUUUGUUCAGGCCCCGGUUCAGACUGAAGAAACGCCCCCCCUCAACUACUGUGUUGUAUGCUUGGGAUGUGGAGAGUGACUCUCCCUAUGUUGAAGUUUCACGUGAUUGGUCUAAUUGA